AUGACGGAGCCUAUCAAAGAAAUAGCCACAAAAAGAAGUGUUGAAGCAGUAUACACCGGAGGAACUGUUAGAUGGAGUGCAAACGGCCAGAAACUAUUCUCAACGUGCACAAAUGUGGUUAAAGUUAUCGACUUGGAAGAUAAUAGUGCUAGCUACACUAUUGGAGAUUCUGAUGAUGAGUUGCGAAUCACUUGCACCGCCAUCGAUAAAAACCGAAAUCGUCUUCUCGUUGCCUACAAUAAUCAAGUGAUCAGAGAAUACUCUAUUCCACUGGAUCCCUCGAUGAAUAACCCCGAAUUGGCGAGAACUUGGAAAACCAUGCACACCGCACCGAUCCUUGUGAUGGAAUUCGAUGAGGGAGGCAAUAUUUUGGCUACUGGAGCUGCAGAUCAUGUCGUAAAGGUGUGGAAUUUGACCGAGCAGCAGUGCACCCACACUCUGAAAGGUCCUGCCGUAGUUUCGGCUAUUUUAUUCGGAAAGAAUGAGAAGCUAGUGGUCGGAUAUAUUGAAGGUCAACUACAUCUCUAUAACAUAAUGAUAGGAGCACCGAAAAAGCAUGUGAAUACCUGGAACAAUCAUAACUCUCAUAUCACCGCUCUUCUUCAAGUCCCGGAUUCUCGUUAUAUUGUUGCUUUAUCUCGAGAUCAAACAAUGAGUAUUCAUGAGACAGAGACACAAGAAACUUUGCGAGUCUUGCCUCUUUAUGAAUCGAUUGAGAGUGGAGCUAUCGGCCACAAUGGAAAUUUAUUCACAGUCGGAGAGGAGGGAUUCGUUAAAGAAUGGGUGAUCGAAUCAGCCAAAUUGCUCAGAAAGAAAAGAAUCUCGAGCUCUCAAAUCGACGACGUUUCUUACGACGUUGUAUCAAAUCGGUUUUUGGCAAUAUCAGCAGAGCAAAAUCUAAUUGUGCUAGAUUUUGAUAGUUUGAAUAUUAUCAGGCAAAUAGUCGGAUUUCAUGAUGAAAUCUAUUCGUGCUGCCUCCUUGGCAAAGAAGAAACGCACAUGGCAGUGGCUUCCAAUACAUCCGAAAUCCGGCUCUACAACACCAAAACGCUUGACUGUCAUCUUGUCAGAGGUCACACUGAAUCCGUUCUUUCUGUUGUAUCCCCUUUGUGGGACACUUCUCUUCUUGCUUCGUGCUCUAAAGACAACUCCAUUAUCAUCUGGAGACUUGUAUCCACUCCUGAAGAAUCUUCCACAUUGAUACCAUUAUGUGCUGCCACUGGACAUUCCAAUACUGUAACCUCAUUGGCUAUUUCAAAUAGUGCACGGGCAUCAUUCCUUGCUUCUGUUUCCUCAGAUUGUACAAUCAAGUUAUGGGAGUUGGGAGAUUCUGCAAAGAUGAAGGACGCAAGCAUUGAUGGUGAAAGAGAUUUCGUGGAACAACUACCGAAGCUGACAUGUAGUUCAACAAUGGUUGCCCAUGGUAAAGAUGUCAACUGCGUUGACAUUUCCGAAAGCGAUGCUCUCAUUGCAACCGGUGGAAUGGAUAAACUCGUGAAGCUCUGGCAAGUAGAUACACAAAAAAUGCAACUUGGAAUCGCCGGAACUCUAUCAGGACAUCGUCGUGGUGUCGGAGACGUCAAAUUCGCCAAGCAUUCACAUAAAUUGGCGUCUUGCAGUGGAGAUAUGACCAUUAAGAUCUGGAACAUCUCAGAGAAAUCCUGUCUACAGACUAUUACUGGCCAUUCUUGUGCGGUUUUCCGUGUCAUUUUUGUCAGGAACGAUGCCCAAUUGCUGUCAGCGGACAGCGCAGGAAUCAUCAAGAUAUGGACUCUUAAAACAGCUGAUUGUGAAAGCUCCAUUGAUGCACACACUGAUAAGAUUUGGUCAUUAUCCAAGAAUCAUGACGAAUCAGAAUUUGUGACUGCUGGAACUGAUGGUCGAAUCAUUGUAUGGAAGGAUGUGACAGAGGAGAAGCAACGAGUCGAAGACGAGAAAAGAAGAGAGGCCAUCGAGCAGGAUCAGACACUGACAAAUUUAUUGAGUCAGAAAAGAUUUUCCGAUGCUUUAGUUUUUGCAUUAACAUUGGCAAAGCCUUUCUGUGCUUACAAGGUACUUGAAGUGGUAAUCGCGUUGAUGUCUGAAGAUACUCAAGAGGAACUUGGCUCCGCAAUCUGUCGCCUUGAUCAACGCCAAAUUGAAAUUCUUCUUCAGUUUUGUGUCAAAUGGAAUACUAAUUCGCGACACUCUCCAGUGGCUCAACGCGUUUUUUACGAAAUCAUCCAUAUCAUUGAACCGGAUAAGCUAGUAGCAAUGCCCGGCGCGUAUGGAUACAUCGAAUCUUUGCUACCAUAUACCCAACGACAUAUGGACCGUUUGGAUAGAGCAAAGCAGGACGUCAGCCUGUUUGGUUUUGUCUGGCGACAAAUGAGAAGCGCUGUUUAA